AUGGAUGCUCCUUACGCUGAUGUUGAUGAUGACGAGGAGGACUACUUCCGCAACCUAGAUGCUUUACUUUCUAGCCAUCAAGCUCUCAAAUCUAUCUUAGGGGGAACCGUCAGCGGCCAGCCUCAACCGCAUCAGUACACUCCCCAUCAGCCUAGCCGGGCACCCGCCGUCCGUCAACCGCCCCACUCCAAUGGUGACCAUGAUGAGUCAGGCAGCGAAGGUAUUGAAGGCGACGAUGACAGCGAGUAUGAGCCCAGCAGCGAGCCGGAAUCUGAAUCUGCAUUGGAGCAGAUGGAAGCGGCAGAGGCUGCUGCGCGCGGAGUGCUCGAUGCGGAGGCCGACAUCGACCAGCUGGUGGGUGACGCCGAUGAUGCCGGCGGCAUCGCCGGCGGUGACAAUGAUGGUUUCGAAGAGGGGGAGGGGGAGGGAGAAGAAGACGAGUGCAACAACGGUGACGACGGCGGAGGCGGUAGCUCUGAUGCGGAUCGAGACCUAGAGUCGUACAUUGUACGGCCGCCAGGGGAGGUUCUGCCGCCAGGCAGCCGCCUCGAGCGUCUGUACGCCGCUCUGGAUACGAACCGCGAGAUCCAGCGCCAAUUGUCGCUCAUGCUGGAGCGUCUCGACAUGCACUCCAACACGUCGUACUUGUUGGAGCGGCGGGUGAGGGAGCAGAAGGUGGUCACGAAGCCGCGUACGGCAGAGCAGCGGGCGAUAGGUGGGUGGCCGCCGCAGACCAGUCGGUUCUGGCGAGUGGCGGGCGCGUUGCCGGCGCCAACCUCGGAGUGGACGAGAUUGGCUGCGGCGCAGCAGCUGCCGCUGCGGCCGUACGACAGGGUGCGCUGGCCGUUAAGAUUCGUGGACGCGCUGAACAAGGGUCUAACGCUGGAGGUCCAAAGUAUCCUAACUAAGCAACUGCUGGACCGAAUACAACAACAGCAGCAGCAGAGAGCCGCGGCCGGGGGCGGUGGAGGUGGUGAAGACAGAGCUGCAGGACGCGGCGCGGCGGCGGCGGCGGCGGCGGCGGACGGCGCCCCCGCCGCUGGCGCUACCGCUGCUGCUGCUACUGCUGCUGGUGCCGGCGCCCUGCCCACCGACAUGCAGUCCCUCCAGGAACAGCUUCAACGAAUCGCGGCUGAACUCCUAUCACCUCCAGGGAUGUGCCCACUUGCGGCCGGGUCUGUACGUCCAGAUGGCCCGGAGGCCAUCCCCGUCAUUUUGAAGCUGGAUGACGAGGCCUGGGCCCGGGUGGCGGCCUCGCACCGAGUGGGCCGCUCCGGAACCGAGUGUGCCGCGUACUACCGACAUAACUUGAGGCCGGGGCUGCAGUGGCCGCUGGAGGAGAGCCGGCGGCUUAUGGAGCUGGCGGAAAAGUACGGCAGGCGGCACUGGAACAAGGUGGCAGCUGAGCUGGGCACUGGGCGGACCGCGGGGCAGUGUCUGGCGCACUGCCUGCGCUGGUCGCGGUACGACAGGCGACCUGAGCGCAGUGUCUGGAGCGGGGAGGACGACGUGGCGCUGGAGGCACUUGUGGCCAAGUACGGCACAGACUGGGUGGCUGUAGCUGAGGGCUUUGGUGGCCGCUUUGACCGGCACCAGGUUCGUGACCGUUGGUACGGCGUCAUGACUGCAAGCGGGCCUCGCCGUGUGGGCAAAUGGUCCGCGGAUGAGGACGCUCAGCUCGUGAAGGCGGUGGACGAGCUGGGGCAGAAAUGGACGGCAGUUGCACGUCACGUGGUUGGCCGUACCGCCCGCCAGUGCCGGGAGCGCUACGUGAACCUGCUACAGCCAGGCCUCAAGUUUGGCCCCUUUUCGAAGGAGGAGCAGAAGGUGCUGGCGGAGGCGUGUCGAGAGCUGCAGGCGGCGUACGGCAGGAUCACUUGGGCUCGUGUGGCGGAGCGACUGCCGGGCCGUACGGACGACCAGUGCAGCCGAGCGUACGAAGGGCUGGUCAAACACGACAAGGCCCACAUCGGUCAUAAGCGCGGAGGCGGCAGCCACCAGCUGCUGCAAGACCCGGGGGGCGGCAGCAGCAGGGCGAGGAACGCAAGAAAGCGGCGACGGAGCGGCGGGGUGGAGGAGGGCGGGGCGGAAGAGGCGACCGAGACGGGAGGGGAGGAGGAUCACAGGGCGGGGUUACCGGACCAGGAGGGGCAGGGGGCCCUGGGGGCUUCAGGGCCCGGUGGGGCUGCAGCAACGUCCCCGCAGGUUACGGAGGGUGAAGGGGGGGUUGAGGGGGAUGGCGGUGGGAGUGGUGGAGGUGAGGGAGCGGCGGGAGGUCGGGUCGUGGAGGGGAGGGAUGGGGAGGAGCAGCAGAUGGUGGGGCCCCGGAGGCGGCGAGGUAGGUCUUCGGCGGCGGGGGCGGCGGGGGCGGGGGCGGUGGCGGCGGCGGCGGGGGCGGCGGCGGCGCCGCAACGGCGGCGGUCAGCGGCUGUGGCCCGGGCGCCGUGGAGACAACAGCGCCGCCGACGGCGUGGAGAGGAGGAGACGGAGGCGGACGAGAUUGGGAAAGGAGGUCCUGGGUCGGCCGUUGAGGAGCAGGACGGCCAACACGAAUGA